AUGCACAGGAAGGUCCGAGAACUUCAGGCACGCCUCGCCUUGUACGAGCGUCAGGCCCACGAUGUCGGGCGUGUAGAUAAGAGGUCAACGGCAAUAUCAGCGUCAGACAAGACCCAAACAGAGAAUGUGGAUACAGCACUGCGUUUCAAUGCGCCAGUAAAUGAAGUAAUACGAACACCGGUGGCAUCAUCUGUGUCUAACAUGACAUCGAGAACCGAGCUUCCUCCACAUCAAAUGGAAACCCAUUUUACCCUUGGAUCGAGCCAGAACUUCGGGAGCCGGGUACAGGAUCUUGAGCGGCAAAAUAAUGACCGUUCACGAAAUCAGUGCACGCCUCAUGGGCGAGCUCCACGGUUCAUUCCAAUUACAGAAGGACUAUUCCCAGAGCGGCGUAUUCCACUCAAACCACGCCAGGGUCAAGAGACAAGCACGGCUGCUAACCUGAGGUUUCCUUCUGUGGAGAAAGCGUAUCAACUUCUGGACACGGUUCUUCUAUACCUUGGCGAUGCCCAGCAUUUCUUCGAUGCCCGAGACCUCUCAGACCAACUGAUGGUAUUCUACAGAAACAGCUUCGACGAGAUACAAAGAACCAGCAUCUGGUAUCUCCACAUUCUCUUAGUGUUUGCAAUUGGAGAACUUCUGCGAGGAGAGUUGGAUGGGACGACAGGCCCACCGGGCUUUGCCCUAUUCAAAGAGGCUUUAAAAUUAUUGCCUAACAUUAGCGAACUACGGGCCCAUGGUGUCGCCGGAAUUGAGAUUUUGGCACUCAUAGCAGUGUAUUACCAAAAUAUUGAUCGGAAGGACGACGCUGCUUCACAUAUUGGCCUUGCUUUCCGAUUGGCUCUCCUGCACAAGCUAUAUCGAAAGUCUACGCUCGACCAACUACAUCCAUCACAAGCGACACAUGCGAACCGUAUCUGGUGGACUGUUCAGAUGCACGAUAAACGUCUCACUAUAGCUACUGGAUGCCCGUUGAGCCUCGACGAUAAAAUGAUUGCUUCUCCUCUCCCGAAUCCUUCGCCGGGCUACUGUGAUCCGUUAGCCAUUCAACUGAAUAUCAAAAUUGUGCAAAUUCAAAGCCGAAUAUAUUCUGUCAUCUAUAGUAACGAAUCCUGCUCGGAGAACAUGUUUUGCGACAAUGUACGCGAAAUCAUGUCAUCGCUUGACCAAAUCGCGAAAGAAAUUCCGCAAAACCCCUUGCGCACCAACAUGUCAAGCCGGAAACCAUCGAAGUUGGGGAUACGAACAAGUAUCUCCCUCUUCACAAUGCUAUAUCAAGCAAUAAUUCUCACCCUACGACCCGUUCUUCUUCAUCUUGCCAAAUUAAUAUUCGAUCGCGAGACAACAUUCAGCACAAGCAGCAGUGCACUACAGCACCUUGCUCGGACGUGCAUAGAAGCCGCGAGUAAGAAUCUGGAACUAAUGAAAAUCUUGGUAGAUGAGGAAAUCAUUUCUGUAUUCGGCUUUUUUGACCUCGAUGCCAUCUUCUCAGCGACAUUUAUUCUACUGCUGGCAGCUAUCAUCCGUUCUGCAGAUACGAGCGACUCCGGCCAUUUUCCUUUUCUCAACUCCAGCCCCGGCAUGAAAGAAGGCCUUCAGCUUCUCGACUACCUGGCAAGCUAUCAGAACCAUGCUGCUCGGGCGAGGAAGGACCAGAUACAGAAGUUGCAGGAAUGCUUACCGUCUUUUAUGCAGGGAAUCAGCUCUGUUGAUAUGGCAAACGAAGCUGUAAGAACGCCCCAGUCUAUAUCGAACAAUGCUGGGGUCUCGCAGUAUGAGAAUCUUAUGCGGACGUAUAUCACAGACACAGUUGAAGGAGACUUCGUUCCAGUAACGUUGCCAGCCGAAUUUUCGGAAGAUCCUCAUGCCAUAUAUUCAUUCUUUCACGACGAGGGCUUUGAAUUGACUGGAGAGAACCAGGCAGACUUCGAAGAAGUGCAGCGUCAUUUUCUGUGGCAGGCAUAAACCUAAAUAUUGUAGUGGGGACUUCGCGUGCAGCCUAAUGCCUCAGGGACGGUCUGGUCGGUGUCCGUGUAACGGCGUUAUCUUUUGGCCGCGGUCGAAAAUCUCGCUGAAUUUGACGACCAAUCAUGCCUC